AUGGCGGCGACCCGGCUGCUCCCGACGCCAGCGGUUGCACAGCCUGAGGUGGCUGGCGCUGCAGUUGGCAGUGGCUCAGCGGACAUUGUCAAUUUCAUGCUACAGGCUGGAGCUGACCCUAAUAUUGAUGACGGGGAGUUGUAUGUAGAACCAAUUGCUAAUGCCAAGUCAGAAGGAAGGGAAGCGUUUGCAAAUGGUGACUACGGUUAUGCACUCUACUGUUUUUCGCGGCCAAGUUGCAUUGACCCGGAUGACGCCACCUUACAUGCUAACCUGAGCCUAUGCUCUCUGAAGCUGAGAAAUGGGGUGCAAGCUGUGCGCUACGCUCAAGAAUGCCAAAGGUUGCGUCCUGAUUGGGCCAAAGCAUGGUUCCGCGAGGGCGAGGCUCUCAGCAUGCUCCAGAAGCACGGAGCAGCAGUUACUGCAUUCCAGGAAGCGCUGAAACUUGACCCUGCCAGUGUCGAGAUCAAGAACAAGCUCAGAGAGGCCAAGGAGGCAUUGAGCAAGUACCAUUGA